CUGAAGUUAACGAAAUGUCUAGGUAUCGAAAUGAUGAUUAUUAUCCACAAAGACCUGAUUUCAUUAAUAUGCCAAGAUUUCGUGGUCAAGAUAUCUAUAGAAAUGAUAUCUCAAAUAAUGAGCGUAUAGUGUAUCAUGGGCAAUUAAAUAAUUCACCAACUAAUAAUCAAAGCAACGAACAAACAUAUAAUAAUGCGAAUAAUGGUCAUUUUUUUAAUACGCUUCCGCAAACUAUAAUUAAUGCAUCACAACAGUCAACAAUGUCAUCAAAUUAUCAUAACUCAAGUCUUUAUAGAACCCCAACAGAUUCUGAAUUCGAAUUUUCAAAUGCCUUAUACAGACACGCUUCGACAUCAUCCCGAUUAAGAAAUAUGUACCAAGAUGGUUCCACAACAGACGAUUUGAUGGACGGCGAAUCUGAUUCAAGCAAUUCAUCUUCAGAGGAUUCAGAUGAUGAUGACGAAGUGAUGUUCACCGAUGCAAGUAAUGAUAUGGAUACUUCUGAUGAUGAUGAUGAUUCUGAAAGCGAAAAUGAAAGCUACCGUAGAAAUUUCUCACAUCGUUCUUCCUUAUCUUCUAUUUCUCCCGUAUCCUCGGAUGAUGAAGAAGAAAAUGAGAAUGAUAACGAAUCAAUUGUUACCACAUCAACGAACAAUUCUAGGCCUGAUCAACAAUGGUAUAAACCAUGGUCUUGGUACAAUAAUGAUACAUCAACCUUGAACCAAACUACUACUAGAACCUCAAAUAUAUCAGCAUCUGAUACUGAUGCUACAAUUAGCAGUGGCGAUGAUGAUUUUGAGUAAAUUUUUCGCAAGAUGGUUAGAUUAUAUACCUAAAAUAAUGGACUAUUAAAGAAGAAAGAAAGAAAAAGUGAAUAUAUUAUUUCUAAGUAAGACAACACAUAUAUAUAUAGUUAAAUAAUUGGAUAUGAACAAAAAGGAGGAUAAUAUUAAUAAUUACAUUUGGUAUGUUUAUAUAAUAUAUAAAAAUAUAGAAAUUUCUUUAUAAAAUUUCAUUCCUUGGAGAUUAUUGAGUAUUUUUUUGUAAUCUUUUUUUUUUUUAUAUUAUAAUUAUUAUUUGAUUUUAUUCUUUCCUUAUUACUCUCAGUUCUCUCCGUUUAAUUAAUACA